ACCCUUGUUGCUGCUAAGAUUUCUGUCCAUAUCUUCUGCAGUGAAAACCAGUGACCAUGCCUUCUAUUGACGAGAAUCAGCUGUCUGUACGGGAGAUGCGGGAGGAUGAAGCACAGCUUGUUCUUGAAAUGUUAAAGGUCACUUAGGAACUAAGAGGGCAUUCACAGGAGGAUAGUGCAGCACCAUCGGCAGCAACUGGUGUUGCUUACAUCAUUUGGACAUUUUAUAUAUGGACAUUACAUAUUCAUUUGGGACUGAAUAUUAAUUGUUGCAUCGUCUGUAUGGAUGGCUUUAAGGAUACAGAGAACCGGCUGAUUCUUUACAUAUUAACACGUCCGAUGACCUUGCUCCUCAUGGCUGUAGCCAGCAGUGGUUUGCGUUUUUUACUUAACUCCUUUAUUGUUGCCCUUCUUAUACCCGUCCUGCUGGCUGUCGUAGCUCUCAAGCUAAUGCUGUGGCGCUCACCUGACCUCAAACAAAUUUAUUCAUAUUAUAGCACUGGUCAACGUAAAAUCUGGGUGUCUGUAUAUGACCAGGAUGACAUCUGUGGAUGUGUGGCCUUUGAACCCACCAAGGACCGCCACACAGCAGAGUUGAAGAGAAUGUCUGUCAGCCGUUGGUAUAGACGUUCCGGAGUGGGUACUCAUCUCUUGAAGUUCUUUGAGAGCCAUGCCAGGAAUAAAGACUUUCAGUGUGUUGUACUUUAUACUUCAGUGGUGGCAAAAGCCGCAAUAGGACUAUUUGAGAAAAGUGGAUACAAAGUCACUGGUGGUUGGAAUUGGCUUGGAUACACUGUUGUUCAGGAAUACAGAAAGUAUCUAUAGUUUAUUUCAGAAAGACUUGGUGAAUCUAAAAUAGCUGCCUUCAAACAAUUUUUUUUUUUUACUAUUUAUUGAAAAAAUUUAUUCAUUUACGGUUCGGAAAAAUAUAUUUGCUUCUCAAAGGGCAUUUGAAUAUUAAUACAUACUUUUAAAAUUAAAAACCAAAAAUUCUAAGAA